AUGAAAAUGGGCAACACAUUCAGGGAUGAAAUUAAAAUGAUAUUUCCCUUUGCUCCGUACGAGGCCCAAUUAGAGUUUAUGAAAAUAAUGUAUGAAAUUCUGAAGGGAUCAAAUAUAAAUAUUAAUGAAAGAAUAAAAAUAGUUUUUGAUAUUAUAAAUAAAAAUGUAAAUAUGAUAAAAGAUUUGAAGAAUACAAAUAAAGCUAUACUAAACAUAUUUAAUGAACAUUCUGAAAAUAAAACAGAUGAGAUAUAUUUUACUAAACAAGACAUAUGUACUGAGCAACAUAUCAUCAGUGAAAUGAAAACUGGAUCUGGAAAAUCAUUAACCUUACUAUCUUCAAUUAUUUAUUUCCUGUUGAAGCAUCGGUUUGAUUUAUUUUUGAUGAAAGAAAAUGUAGAACUUAAAAGAGAAGAACCAGAAUGGAUACAAGAAAAUAUAAUAAAUAAUAUUAUACAAAAAUAUCAAAACAAUAUAAAUAUGGAAAAAACAAAAAAUGAAAAUAAUUUAAAAAUUAUAAAUAAAUAUUUCACAUUUACUAAUGAUAAAAUACAAUUUAAUGACCAUGUCUUGUUACAAAAAAAAAAAAACCAAAACGACUUUUCAUUACAAAAAGGGGAAAACAAUGAUGAUGUCUUACUCACAUGGAACGAUGAAGAUGUAGAACCCGAUUUUUCACUCGAUGAUGGACGUAAAAAACAGGUACCAAAAAUAAGAUAUUUUUCAGAACUAAAAAAAAUCGAGAAAAAAUUAAGCAAAGAAAAUUUAUCUAUAAAUAUGAUCAUCAUUGGGAGUAGAAAGCACCUAUGCAUAAAUGAAAAAAUUAUGAGAAAAUGUCCAAAUGUGAAUGAACUAAAUGAGGCUUGUCGAAGUAGCAAAUGUAAAUAUAAAGAAGGGUUUACUGAAAUGGUUUUAGAAAAAAAAAAAAAAAAAGAAAAAAAAAAAAUAUUUUUUGAAUCAUCUAGUGAUAGUAAUAGUGAUAGUAGUAAAGAAGACAAUGAUGAAAUAAAUAAUUAUAUUUUAAUUAAAAAAUUAAUAAAUACAAAAAAUAUAGACAUGAAUCAGAUUAAAGAAAUAUGUAAACAUGACAAAAUUGAAAUAUGCCCUUACUAUAUGUGUAAAGAAAAUAUACAAAAUGCAGAUAUAAUUUUAUUACCUUAUAUUUGUAUAUUAAAUGAACAGAUUCGAAAUAAUUUAAAAAUAAAUAUAAAAAAUAAUAUCAUAAUUUUUGAUGAAUCACAAAGUAUUAUAGAAAAUAUAAAUAAUGCAAAUUCAAUUGGAAUUAGUAAAAAUCAAAUUAUUUUUACAAAAUUAACAUUAAAAAAAUAUAUUCAAAAAUUUGAAAAUACUUUAAAUAAUAAUAAUAUUGUUAUGAUUAAACAAAUUAUUAUUUAUUGUGAUUUAUUAUUAAAAUAUUUUACAUCUAUAAAUGAACCCGUUUCAAAUAUAACUAGAUUCAUGCUUCUUUCUAAAUUAGAUGCAUUAAAUUUAAAUAAUAUAUCAAGCUUUUUAAACAACUCACUUUUUUGUAGAAGAUUUAAAGUUUUCGCAGAAAUUAACAUAAACGAAUAUUUUAAAAAAACAAAUACAGAAAGACCAUCUAUUAUAACUACCAAUCUAAAUAGCUCGUCUAUUUAUUUAUUGUGUGAGUUUACAAAUAAGUUAAUCCGAUCAAACAAGUAUGAUUAUGUAUAUAUAAAUCAAAACGAUGAUAGUGGACUAGACAAUAAUACUGACUUGGAAGACGAUCAUCAAUGUGAUAACCAAGCUGGAAAAACAAAUGAAAUAAAAAAUGCAAACAAUAAUAGUAACACAACAACUUUGAACCCUGCCUAUCCAAACAAACGACAUGGCUAUAGCACAUAUAUCAAUGUAGAGGCAGAAAAGAAAAGGAAAAUAAAUGAAACAAAUACACAUCAAGAAGAUAACACAAAUAAAGAAGAUCAUAAUGUCGCCCAUUUUAGUGAACUUUCAGAAUAUAUUAAUUAUGUUUUAGAAAAUAAUGAUAUAACAUUGAAAGAAAAAAUAGAAAUUAUAAGUGUUAGUUCAUGUAAUAAUUUUCAAAGCAUAACGAAGGAUUGUAAUAAUGUUAUAUUGAUUGGUGGUACUUUACAACCAAUAGAAGAAUUUCUAUUAUUAUUUUUAAAUGAAAAAAAAAAUAAAAUAAAAUUAUAUUCAUCAGAUUAUAUAUUUAAAAAAGAAAAUAUUUUUGUAAGAAUAAUGCCUACAAAUAUAUUAACAUUCAACAGUAUUGAUAAUACUUAUAAAAAUAGAUUUGAUAAAGCUCACCUUUUAAAUAUAGCAUUACAAAUAUAUAUAUUAACAUUAUAUGUCAAUUAUGGUAAUAUUGUCUUUUUUUCAUCUUAUACUUUUUUAAAUGAGUUUAUGAAUUUUUUAUAUAAUGAAGGAAAAUAUGUUUUAGAAAAAAUGCAAAAAAAAAAAUUUUUAUUUUUCGAAAAAAAAAAUGAUAAUAAUGUCUUAAAAAAUUAUAUGUCCAAUAUUGCUAAUAUAAAAAAACAAGAUCAUCAAAUGAGAAUAAAAAAUGGAUGUAUAUUAUUUUGUGUUAUGAAUGCAAAACUUAGUGAAGGUAUUAAUUUUUAUGAUGACUUUUGUCGAAAUAUUUUAAUCGUUGGUAUUCCAUUUUUUAAACAUGAAAAAAAUAACACAACACCUAAACCUGCUUUAAACAAAAAUGCCCUAGUCCUAAAUUAUUAUAAAGAAUACUCAAAGGAUACAUCAAAAACAAAUGAUUCUAAUUCACAUGAUUCUUCAGAUGCUAUCCCAAUUUUGUCAGAUUUUCAGAUAAACCAAAUGUGCAAGACAUACAAAUUAAAAUAUGCCAUGAAAAUAGUUAAUCAGUGUAUAGGACGAAGUAUGAGGCAUAUCAACGACUUUUCCUCUUUUUUUUUCCUCGACCAACGAUUUAGUAAUUCAGAAAUAUAUGAGUGCUUCCCAACAUUUGUAAAGACACAUUUAAAUAGUAUAAAAAAUUUAGCAUAUAUUGAUAAUGAAAAUUUUCAAAAAGAAAAACAAAAUUUUUAUGAAAUUUAUGAUGAUAUAAAAAAUAAUUACAAACACAUUAUAACAAAUCACCAGACAGUAAAAGAUUCUCAAGAUUGUUUAAAAAAUUUUGUAACUGAUUUAAUGCAUUUAAAAGAAUUUCAUAAAAAAAUGAAUUAUUUAUGA